GAUGAACCAAUAUGUAAAUACUAUCUCAAGGGAGCAUGUACAAAAGGUGCGAAUUGUCAAUUUAGACACAAGGGUUACGACAGAGACAAGUCGGUAGUCUGCAAGCAUUGGUUGCGUGGUCUGUGUAAAAAAGGUGAUAGCUGCGAGUUUCUCCAUGUGUUCAACAUGAAGAAGAUGCCCGAAUGCUGGUUUUACUCCAAAUAUGGUGAAUGUUGUAAUGGGGAUGAGUGCAUGUAUCUACACAUUGAUCCCGAGAGUAGACAAAAGGAAUGUCCAUGGUAUGCGCGAGGAUUUUGUAAACAUGGUCCAAAUUGUAGAAACAAACAUGUGCGAAAACUGGUGUGUCAAAACUACCUCACCGGAUUUUGCCCGGAUGGUCUCAAUUGUACAAACGGCCAUCCUAAAUAUGAAUUA